AUGGCCAGCUCCACGAACAAGUCUGGACGGAAGAGAGUGUUAGUUGUCGGUGCGGGUGCGGCGGGCAUGUCAUGUGCUCACCACCUGGCUGAGCAUCCCGACAAAUUCGAUGUUACGCUCAUUGAUUCCCAGAAUUAUUGCGGAGGUCAGGCGUUCUCGAUACCUCUGGAUAAAUCUCGCCAUGGAGCUGGGUGGCUCAAUCAAGGCGUGCAGGGUGGCAGCUAUAUCUUUCACCAUACCAUGACCAUGUUUGCUCGCCAGGGCCACCAUGCAGAUCCAGUGAAUCUUCAGGUUUCCUUUGGGAAAGACGACAUCUUCUGGACCAAUGUCUUCCCUACCCAGCUCCUUGCCAGACAUCAAAACGAGAUAAGACGCUUCAAACGGAUGUUAACCAUAGUGCGUUGGUUCGAGCUUGUCUUCGCCCUCAUCCCCAUCAAGUAUCUCAUGAAAAUGUUCUUCUUCUCCGAGGAAUUCAGCAACACUAUUGUUCUUCCUAUGGUUGCGUUGUUCCUUGGCACUGGCAACUACACGUCCGAGGUACCUGCCAUUAUCCUUGAGAGACUGUGCACAAGUCCGACAUUUGGCAUGUGGUAUCCUCCAGAUGGACUUAGCGUCGCGAGCAAUCUACCGCCAAUGAUCGUCUUCCCGAAAUUCAGCACCUUCUACGAAGACUGGAGAAGGAGCCUUGUUGCAAAAAGGGUUAAUGUAAAGCUCUGCGCCGAGCUUACGAGUGUGGUCAAGCGGGACAAAUCAGGAGUGACUGUGAGAAUGAUCAAGCGCACUCCUCAACCCGACCAUCAUAACCCGGAAAGUGAAUGGGUGCCGCAUGAUAGGGCAAGUCAUGCGGAUGCUAACGCGGAGGAGUUUGAGGAACAUUACGAUGAGCUCGUCCUCUGCGUCCUUGCCGACACUGCCAAACGAAUCCUGGAACCCACCUCGUCCUACCGAGAAAGAAAAGUCCUCGGUUCCGCCAAGUUCGCAAAUGACAUCACUGUGACGCACUGGGACAGCGAGUACAUGAAGAAACAUUACGAAGUCUUCUACAACCCGGAUCAAACCGUAACCACGCUCUCCGGCGUAGACCAGACAACACGCGACCAGAUGGGACAGAAGUCCUUCCGACCCAUGUACCUGAUCAAAAUGUAUCCCCAAGACCGCUCAAAGCUGGAAAUGUGCUUCGACUGCACAAACUACCAAAGCCAAUUCCCGCCGGAAGUCCCAUUCGACAAGCACGUUUUCCAAACAAUUUAUCUGAAUAAGCACCGUGAUGGACAUCUUUGGAGCAUCGACGAAAUUGACGAAAGCAAGAUCAUUCGGAAAGACUGGUGGCAUCAGCUCUGCCAUUCAUGGACUCAUUAUCUGUUCGUCGUUCCUUGGAUGUGGUUGCUCCAGGGCAGAAAGCGGACGCGGUUCGCGGCGGCUUGGACUCUCGUCAACGCACACGAGGUUGCCGUCAUCAGUGGUAUUGCAGCUGCUGUUGAUCUGGGAGCCACGUAUCCCGAGGAUCUGGAGAGGGACAAGUUCGCCUUGUUGAGCUUCAGGCUAUAUUAUCUUCUCACGUACGGGAAGUGGUAUCGUAGGAGGGCUCCAAAGUCGGGUGAAGGGCGGGAUUGGGCCAGUGGAGUGUAUGGAAGUGUCUACAAAGGCUCCGGUGUUGCGAAGCAGGAUCGACAGACGUGGAGGGAGGAGAAUGGUGUUCAGAGUUGA